AUGGAAUCAGCAAUCAGAAUGGGUAGCCCAAUCUGCCUCAUUGAGAACAGGAUAGAAGGAGGAAGAGCAAAGCUUGUGGUGAACCCUGAGGCCGUCAACAUCCUCUCCAACAUCCACCAACCAGUGGUGGUGGUGUCCAUUGUCGGCAUGUAUCGGACUGGAAAGUCAUACUUGAUGAACAGGUUGGCUGGAGCUCAGAAAGGCUUCAGUCUGGGUUCUACAAUUCAGUCUCAGACCAAAGGUAUUUGGAUGUGGUGUGUCCCUCACCCCAGGUAUAAGGAUCGUGCUCUGGUUCUCUUAGACACAGAAGGUCUGGGGGACGUAGAGAAGGGGGAUAAAAAAAACGACAGCAAGAUCUUCGCCCUUGCAGUCCUACUAAGCAGUGCCUUGGUGUAUAACAGCCUCGGCACCAUCAAUCAGGAUGCCCUGGACAAAUUAAAAUUUGUAGGAGAAAUCACGGAAUUAAUCAAGGUGAGAACUGGCAGCAUUCAGGACGAGCAAGCAACAUUUUCCACAUACUUCCCCAUCUUUGUUUGGGCAGUGAGAGAUUUUAAUCUGGAACUGGAGAUUGAUGGGCAGACGGUCUCAGCGGAUGGUUACCUGGAGAACGCCUUAAAGGUUAAAACACCUGAGAGGUCAUCAGAGGAUAAGGAGCAUAAUGAGCUGAGGAAUCGCCUCCGGAUGUAUUUCGGGAAACGGAGAUGCUUUGUGUUUGAUGCCCCAACUGACUCCAGAAAACAACUGAAGGAACUAGAACAUCUACCCGAUGAUAGACUUGAUAAAGAUUUUGUGGCUCAGAGCGCCCUUUUCUGUGAAUACAUUUUCAAGAACGCCGAGGUUAAGAGAGUGGACAUCACAGUUGAUGUCACUGGAUACCGACUGGGUGAGUUGGCAAAACUUUACACUGAUGCUAUAAACUCCUCUAAUGUUGCCUGCUUGGAGGAGGCAGUGGUUUCCUUGGCUGAGAAAGAGAACAAAAUUGCCAUUCAGGAAGCGACAAAGCAUUAUGAGAAGAGGAUGAGGACAGUUGUGAUGCCCACUGAAACGCUCAAAUAUUUCCUAUAUCUGAGCAGUUGGUUUGAAGAUGAAGCUUGGGAGAAAUUCCUGAAAAGAUCAAUUAAGGAUAAAGAUCAGAAAUUCCUUCAAGAAUUUGUGGCAGUGGUUUCCUUGGCUGAGAAAGAGAACAAAAUUGCCAUUCAGGAAGCGACAAAGCAUUAUGAGAAGAGGAUGAGGACAGUUGUGAUGCCCACUGAAACGCUCAAAUAUUUCCUAUAUCUGAGCAGUUGGUUUGAAGAUGAAGCUUGGGAGAAAUUCCUGAAAAGAUCAAUUAAGGAUAAAGAUCAGAAAUUCCUUCAAGAAUUUGUG